AUGUAUUUGUCGGGUGCCGAAAUCAAAAUUGGAGGCAGGACGCAUUGUCGAAUGUGUUCUGUGCGGUUGCAGAAAGACAAAUCGAGGCUGAAAGUCCCUGAAGAGGUUCAGAGUUCGCCUAUUCAACAGGAGUUGACACAUUUAGAGCAACUUAACCAAGUGCAUGCAUCGACAUCUUAUCAAAAGAACGAGGAAGAAAGCGAGAAUGAUGAAGAUGACCUCGAAGAAGAAAAUGAAUAA